UUUUCAAGUAGUUCAGAAUAUCUUUAAGAAGAGAAAAUAUGGAUAAUGUAGAUAAUAGCCAGGAUGACGAACACGAAUUUGUGGACGCGAAAGAAGAAGUUGAUAACUCUUGUCCUAUGCAUUUUGAUGAGUCUCUUGAAGCUAUGAAGUCUGCUUUUAAUCUCUUUCUUAACAAUCAUUUUGAGGAGGCAAAGAACCGUUUACAAAAAUGGGCUAAAGAAGAUAUGUAUCAUGCUCUUGGGUAUGCCGUUAUUUUACAUCUACAAGCAUCUAUGACUCGUGAAGCUGUAAAUGAAUAUAAUUUGAAAUCAAUUCCAUCUUAUCUAAAUGGUUUAUUUAUUCAUAGAGUGAUAUUGAAUUAGCAUCUCAGGCUAUAAAAGCAGGACUAUUGGUUAUUGAAAAAAAGAGAAAAAAAUCAUCCCUUUUACAACAUAUGAAAGAUCUCGUCAAGCAUCACAAUUAUGACAGUUUAACGACAGGUAAGCAAAAAUUUUUGCUUUGUAAGAUUGAAGAAACUAUUAGGAAUAAACAUAGUAUAUGGCUCCGUACUCCAUUCAAUACACUAUAUAAAUUUAUAUAGAUAUAUAUUUUGCAAUAUGAAGAAAAAUUUCAUUAUGAGUAAUGGUGACCAGUUUAAACUAGUCAUAAGAUUAUUGAUUUAUAUUAUUAUACGUUGUAGAUAGGACAUUUCAAAUUAAUUAAUAUGUUCAUUAAGAACGAAGGAAACAUUUCAAACUGACAUGUAUUUAUCUCCUCUGAUUCGGCGUGCCAAUUGCAUGUCUUUCGGCAUUAUGGUUACUCUCUUUGCAUGAAUUGCACAAAGAUUUGUAUCCUCGAAUAGUCCAACCAAGUAGGCCUCGCAAGCUUCCUAAAAUUGACGUCAUAUUAUUAAUUUUUCACAUAGUAAAAAUGAUAAUGAUGAUGACAGUAAUAUUAUUUCAUAUAGUUUAUUAUUUUUAAGAAACGCGCCCACCUGCAGAGCUCCAAUAGCAGCGCUCUGAAAUCUUAGGUCCGUUUUGAAAUAUUGCGCAAUUUCCUUCACUAGUCUUUGGAAUGGUAGUUUUCGGAUGAGAUUUUCAGUGCUCUUCUGGUAUUUUCUGAUUUCCCUAUAAUUGUUGAAAAUUGAUCUAUUAGGUUUGUACUCACAAGGAAGACAACUUUUACAUGAUUUCACUAAAAGAUAAGAGUUGGAGGAAGGUUCGUGAAAAAUUGUUCACUUAUAAAUGUUAAGAGCAACAGUGCCAGGUCGGAAUCUAUGAGGUUUCUUGACUCCCCCCAAAUAAGGAGCAGUCUUCUUUGCUACUUUCACAGCAAGACGUCCUUUAGUACAACCUGAUAUUGUCUUACGAGCGGUGUUCUUUGUUCUUACCAUAUUCACUCAAAUGUUGAACUUCUUCAAAGUAAGUUUGAGAAUGAUCUGUUUGUCCCUCCUCUUUCCCUUUUAUCUCAAAACUCCCAGAGAUUAGGUAAUACUUUUUCUAUUUAUGGAUAUGAUGUCACAUAAUUUAAAGCAACAGUGAACUAAUUUUUAGAUUUCUCAGUAUCAUUUCAAACUUACUUUGGUUCUAAUAAUUAUAAAUAUGAGAGCCUAUACAUGAAAUUGGUGCUAAACACCGAUUGGACAAUGUUUUCAACUUUUUAUUGGCUGAAUGAGCUUACAUUGGGAUCCGCUGAAAUGUGCUUAUUGGCUAAGAGAUAUUAGCUUUAAAUGGACUCUAUUUUUUUCAACUUUUUCAACUUUUCCAAUUUGAAUAUUUUGAUAAACUUUGCAGUAGCAAUUCCAAUUUUUUAAUUUCAAAUUUAUUUACUUUUUAGAGGAAAUUCAUGCCGAACUAU